ACCUGCACACUGAUCUGCUCUCUUUACCCUGGUGCCCUAGGUCCCCAGAGGGGCAGCCCACCCCAGUCCCCAGAAUGCCCAGCAGAACUGUACGCUAUGCCCGCUACAGCCCCCAGCAGCGGCGCCGACGGACGUUGGCUGAUCGCAGUGUGCGUUUCCCUAAUGAUGUCCUCUUCUUGGACCACAUCCGCCAGGGCGACCUGGAGCAGAUAGGACGCUUUAUCCGGGCUCGGAAAGUCUCCUUGGACACCAUCCACCCCUCAGGCCUGGCAGCGCUGCAUGAAGCCGUACUCUCUGGAAACCUGGAGUGUGUGAAGUUGCUGGUCAAAUAUGGGGCUGACAUUCACCAGCGUGAUGAGACAGGCUGGACACCCCUGCACAUUGCCUGCAGCGAUGGGUAUCCUGACAUAGCCAGGUACCUCAUCUCCCUGGGGGCAGAUAGAGACGCGGCCAAUGACGACGGCGACCUGCCCUCAGACCUCAUUGACCCAGCCUUCAAGGACCUGGUGGAGCUCUUCAAAGGAACCAGGAUGGACUGAGCCAGCCCUGCCCUCCCAGGCUCAGCCUCCCUGGAGAAGUUGCUAGCAACUCACCCCAAGGGGCAGGAUGUGAGCAUUCCCUGGGCCAGGGAAGCAGCCAAGCUGGCCAGACCUGUCCCUUGAGACUCCUGCCCCUAUACCCAUGUUUCUGGCCUGUUUUUUUCUUGAGGUUAAUUUUUUAUGGUGACACUUUUUACUUUUUCAAUAAACAUGAUUCCCAAGACUGUGGUGGUGGCCUGAUUACUGGGGACCAGUGCAAGCCCUUGCCAUCACACUGGGCUGGGCCGUGCAGGCAGCACAAGGCCUGGGCCAGAGCCUCUUGGUCGCCACACCUCGGCCCACGCCCGUCUGCCGUCUCCCAGCUGCGCUCUCCCACACCUACCCUCUACCUGUACCGGCCCCCUGGCUUCCCUCUUCCAUCUCCCCGGCCCCCGUGGUUUCCGGUCGCCCGGGGUCCCCUGUCUCCGUCCCCGCCCGGGCCCCCAUCUCUUGUCCCACACUGCCCCUCCGU